CACGAUCUCCGGCGCUACCUUAAAAUCCGGAGCCUGUUGGACUCCCCGCCUCCACCCUCCCCGCCUUCCCAGUGAGAAUGGGAACUCACCCCGUCCAGCUCCAGUGAAAAACGAGGGGAAAGAGAGCCGGAAGAGACCCGAAAGGGGAGAGCAGGACGGUGGAGUCGGCAAGCCAGGCACAAUCUAGUGGGGACCCCACUGAAAAGAACAUAUCAAUUGAAGUUAUCCAGCAUGAAAAAAUAUUAGAUCUGCAAGCAAUAUCACUCAUCUUGUGAUCUAAGUUCAGUUACUGAAACAAAAAAAUGUCCAGUAUAGAUCCUUAUCAGCAAAUUACAGUGGAACACCAAUAUUCUCACAAAUUUACUGUGAUCGUGAAACGAGCUAAGAAUGUCACCAAAGGAGCCUUUGGAGAUAUGCUUGACACUCCAGACCCCUAUGUGGAACUGUUCAUCCCAACAGCCCCAGACAGCAGAAAGAGAACAAAACAUAUCAAUAAUAAUGUAAACCCUGAGUGGAAUGAGACCUUUGAGAUAAUUUUGGAUCCCAACCAGGAAAAUGUUCUAGAGAUCACUCUUAUGGAUGCAAAUUAUGUAAUGGAUGAGACUAUCGGAACAGCAACAUUUCCUAUAUCAUCUUUGAAAGUGGGAGAUAAGAAAGAUGUCUCUUUUACCAUUAGCAAAGUGACAGAAAUUAUUUUGGAGGUAUCUCUAGAAGUUUGCUCUCAAACAGACCUCCGCUUCAGCAUGGCUCUGUGUGAUGAAGAAAAGGAAUUUCGGCACCAGCGGAAGCUCAGAGUAAUGAAACAUUUAAACAAUUUCCUGGGCACUGAUUUGACCUCUGUUCGUGAUGUGCCAGUGAUUGCAAUACUUGGAUCUGGAGGUGGAUUUCGUGCCACGGUGGGAUUUGCAGGAGUGAUGAAAGCACUGUAUGAAUCUGGGAUUUUAGACUGCUCGACAUAUAUUGCUGGCUUAUCUGGAUCCACAUGGUACAUGUCAGCACUGUACUCACACCCAGAUUUUCCAGUGAAAGGACCAAAAGAGAUAAAUGAAGAAUUGAGAAGCAGUGUCAGUCACAACCCACUGAAGUUACUCACUCCUCAAAAAGUGAAGCGAUAUAUUGAAGCACUGUGGAAAAAGAAAAGAUCAGGGCAACCUGUUACAUUCACAGAUAUCUUUGGAAUGCUGAUUGGAGAAACACUUGUCCAAAACAGAAUGGAUACAACUUUAUCUGCCAUGAAAGAGAAAGUGAACAAGGCCCAGUCUGCUUUGCCACUUUUUACAUGCCUCCAUGUUAAACCUGAUGUAUCAGAAUUGAUGUUUGCAGAUUGGGUAGAAUUCAAUCCCUAUGAGAUUGGGAUGGCUAAAUAUGGGACCUUCAUGACUCCUGAUUUGUUUGGAAGCAAAUUUUUUAUGGGAACAGUAGUGAACAAAUACAAAGAGAACCCCCUGCAUUUCUUAAUGGGUGUAUGGGGAAGUGCAUUUGCUAUAUUAUUUAACCGAGUCCUUGGCGUUUCCAACUCUCAAAAUACAGGUCCAACAAUGGAAGAAGAACUAGAAAAUAUCAGACUGCGACAUAUAGUGAGCAAUGAUUCAGACAGUGAUGAUGAGUCACAGGGGCCAAAAGGUUCAGAAAACCCAGAUGCUGAAAAAGCGCACGAAAAGACCAGCCAGGAAAGCUGGGUCCAGCGCAUGUUUAUGGCUCUGGUGGGUGAUAGUGCCCUUUUCACCACCCGGGAAGGCCGUGCAGGCAAAGUACACAAUUUUAUGUUGGGUUUAAAUCUCAACACAUGUUAUCCACUCUCUCCUCUUGUUGGUUUCAUCUCUCAAGAGUCUGUGGAGGAAGAUGAAAUGGAUACAGCUGUUGCAGACCCUGAUGAGUUUGAAAGGAUAUAUGAGCCUUUGGAUGUAAAGAGCAAAAAAAUUCAUAUUGUGGAUAGCGGACUGACUUUUAACUUGCCUUAUCCACUUAUCUUAAGACCACAACGAGGGGUUGAUCUUAUAAUCUCAUUUGAUUUUUCUGCACGUCCUAGUGAUUCCAGUCCUCCUUUUAAGGAAAUUCUACUGGCUGAAAAAUGGGCUAAAAUGAACAAACUUCCUUUUCCCAAAAUAGACUCAAAUGUAUUUGAUCGUGAGGGUUUAAAGGAGUGCUACAUCUUCAGACCCAAGAAUCCUGCUUCUGACAUAGAUUGUCCAACUAUUAUCCACUUUGUUUUAGCCAAUAUCAACUUUAGAGACUACAAAGCACCAGGUGUUCCAAGGGAAACACAAGAAGAGAAAGAUUUUGCAGAAUUUGAUAUUUUUGAUGAUCCUGAUACACCAUUCUCCACAUUUAACUUCCAGUAUCCAAAUGAAGCUUUUAACAGACUGCAUGAUCUGAUGGAAUUCAAUACACUGAACAACUUAGAUAUAAUCAAGGAAGCAAUAGCAGACAGCAUUGAGUACAGAAGACAGAAUCCAUCGCGUUGCUCAGUAUCCCUCAGUAGUGUUGAAGCAAGGAGGUACUUCAACAAGCCACAGAGCAAUAACCACACAUGAACUCAAACACUAAAGAUUCUGUUUCUUAGAAGCAGAUGUAGCUGGAUUGGUCAAACAGAUUUUAUUCUGAGGAAAAUUGCUGUUUGGGAAUAAAACAUUAUAGAACCAAAGAGGACAAAUACAUCAGUUAUUCCAGUUCCAUCUCUUUCCCUCUUUUUGAAGAAAUAUAUCAAUUUCCUAUUUUAAGCAAUUUAGAAAUGCAAUAAUGUAUAAAAAGACUUCUUGUGUUUCAUAAACAUUUAAAUUCAACACCCUAAUUUUUCAUUCCAUUCUCAUAUGUUAUAUGUAGAGAAAAUGUAGUUGUUAAUGCUGUAAACUUCAUUUAAAGAAUGUUGAGAUGUGAAUAUCACAGCCUUAGCAUAUCAGGAUAAUAUAUGUUACUGCACAAAUGUACUACAUCCAAAAAGUCAUCCGCACCAUGUUAUAGUCUCCUAACGAAAUGCUUUAUUAAUUCUUGACAUUAGUAACAUUGGAAAUGUUAUAUGUUUGUUUAUUUUUUAAAUGUCAGUUUUAUCUUGUUGAUUUUUUUUAUCCUAUUGGUGUGUUGCCUUGGUUGAUAAAGGGGCUAAAACUUUAAAAAUCUGAAUCUAAAAAGGUUUUCAAAGGAAUCUAAAUAUCCCUAAGGCAGUCAGUUCUCUGACUUUUUCAUAUUUGUUUUCAGAUAUAGUCUCAUUGCAAAACAAACUUCAGAAUGCAGGAACCCAUUCUUCCCCAAAAUAAUUCCUACGUGCCACCUGUCUCGUGUAACAUUGUUUCCCCUUCUAUUGUACUUUAUUUGUCAUUUGACUGUGUGCUAUGGUUGCAACAAGUGCAUUGUUUGUCUAUUUCUGAUUAGUCAAAAGUUUGGGCCUUUGAAAGUAAUGUGGCCAAAGUAUAUGUCUUGCCCACCUCUAGUGAUGUGCUAGUUCUAGAAAGCCCUUCGCGUGUACAAAGUGGAAAAUACCACGAGUACAAAAAUAAGACAUUUCACAGUACUGUUCCAUUAUCCUGGUGGAGGCCACUACGAGCAUUAGAUAGAGAAGGAUAGUCAGGGGGAGGGUGGUUGAAGGAUGAAAACAAUUUCCCCCUGUUUUCCUGUUAUUCACCCCACCCAUGUUGCCGUCAUGGAAACAAACCUCCUUUGUGAAAUGGAAAAGGAAGGAGGGGGAAUAAACCCCCAAAAUGGGGGAAAUGGUUUCAACUCUCCCCCUUUUGAGAGUCCACCCAGAUAAUGGAACAGUACUGACAUUUCUAGUAAGACAAAAUGGUCAGCAACCAAGACAGGGUAUGCAUAGUCCUACCUUGGUCACAUAUGAUGUCAUGGAAUAAAAUGUAUGUGAAACCCAGAUCAAUCCAAAGUGAAUACAAUACUUCUCCUGACUGAUUUCCACUGAUAAGAAAUACAAUGGCCAUUGCUUUCACUAAUGACCAACAAUCCCCAAGAAGUUUGAAGAAGGAAAAUGAAAGUUUCACACAAUUUCCAAUAUGUUUCAGUUCUGCAGCUUCAUGUUGGAGUUUCCUUUUGAAGCAUUUCUCUUGGACAACAGGUAUCAAACUUCAUUAUUCCUGCAGCACCCAUAGCUUUACUUUUGGAUCUAGGCCCGACUGGUGGUCAAAUAACUUCUUAUGCCUACCUGCCUCACAAAUCUCUCGCCCUCCCUCCCUUUUGGUCUCUGACCCCUUCAGACUCCCCAGACAACAGGGUUUUUUUUUGGCUCCCAAAAGAGUAAAGUGCCUUGUUUGGAAGUCUCCCUCAAUCACAGUUUAGGGACAUGUUUUUCCAAAACCAGAAUAAGGGGCAGAAAAUUGACCCUUCUUGACCUACUUCUUGAUCUACUUGACCUAAUUGACCUACUUCUAUUACCCAUCUUAAGCUAGCCUCUUGAAUGUUCAAUGGAUACUAUAUUUCCAGUUCCCUUCUGCCAUUGCCCAGAAUGAGAUAAUGGAGGGUGAGCUAGUUUCAUAUAAAAAUAAUCUUUACCACAAUUUGUAAAAACGGUUUCUAUAGUAACCUAGUAGAAGCCAAUCUACAUUUGUAUAUGAUACUAUUUGCAGUAAAUAUCAAAUAAUUGCUUACUCAAAUAAUGGCUGCUGCAUUAUAUUGUGAACUGUUUCGUUUUUAAUUGUCUAAAUAUGCAAAAAUCGCAAGAAAGAGCCCAUUGCAAUUGCUUAUUUUCUUUAAUAGCUAUGCUUAAAUUCACAUCUUAUACUAAGGGAUUAAUAAAAGCCAAAUCAUAUUGAUUAACUGGGUUUAUGUUGGUGUGAAUUAGAACAUGUUUUAAAAACAAGAGAGGAGAAUAAAUGCAAUUGAUGUUACACUUUUGCAAUUUUGAAAAUGGUUUGUGAGGGAAAAAAGGUGACACCACUUUUUUUGUUCAAAAGCACAAACAAUAUUCAUUUUUAUUUGUCUAGUAGUUUAAUUUGUGCAUACAAAAGCAGAGAACUGGUCAAUUUUAUAAAGAAUCAAAGUUUAUAUUGUUUAUAUUCUGGAACUGUAUUUCACAUGGUAAUAUUUGUAUUGCAAUUAUCUUAUUUCUGGAUCCUGAAUAAGUACUUAAUAAAAUAUGAAAAUGUAAAAUAA